GAGCUCAACCUUCUGAAAAGAUUCAAUUGAGUGCCGUGGAUAAAGUUCCUGGCUAAAUAUUCCGCUUCUUCGCUUUUUGCGCAAGCAAGAGCGAUAUGUCAGAGUUAGCUAUUGCCGUAUUCCAAGCUUGUGGAUGAGAGCAUGUUGACCCGAGAGGGUCAUCCUUGAAGCUUCAAUUUUAGCAAGAACAAGAGUUCAAGCAGAAGAAAGUGGAUGCAAAAGUGUAAAGUCUAGACUAAGUGGAAGCAGCAGCUUGCAGGAGAGCAUUGGCAAUAUAUAAGGAAGGAGAGACCAAGAAAGAAGAGACUUCAUGCACAUGCAUGCGAAAACACAGGAAAACAUCUCAAAAGCUUUUGUGGAGGAGAUGGAAGAAAUCAUGAAUGCAUAGCCGCUUUAUAGUCAUUAUGGACAUGAUGGGAAGUCGGUGAGCUGAUUGGGUCGGCAAACAAUCAAGAGGCGGCACGAUGCUGAGAUGGUAUGGUGCGAUUCUGAGAUUCUCUGGUUCCUCCUUUGAUACGCGUCAACCUCUCGCAAAAAAAGAUUCCAUGUCGGUGCGACGACAACACCAUCAACCUUCACCCACGACAAACUUCCGCAACACCAAUCAAUCUCAUUUGGUCUCCUUGUCUCCUUGUCAAUUUAUAUGCCCACUGGGCGACCAAUCAAUUUCCUGCCCCCCUACCCGUCAUUCAAACUUCAAUUCCCUUCACCCUCUUCCCGCCCUUGUCGGAGAACUGUCGGUCACCCCCCUGACGAUGUUUGAGCCAUGAACACACCCCCAGAUUCUAGAGACCAUGGAGGUCGUGAUUCUCCAUGGUAUCACAAUGGCAAUGGCGGCAUUGAAGUUAGCAAUAGAGGCGGCCGAUCUAAAUCGGCGGUGCCAACUCAACGGUUCUCAUACAGCAGAGACGAAUGGGCCCGAUCUAGAAGUCCUCUCCUGCAACGUGCAAGCCAGAGCUCCCAAUCAUUGGCUUCAGAUCUAGAGCGCCCUGCAAAUGCCAGAAAGAGAACCCCGGUCUUUAACGACUUGCAUACCGCCUAUUCCUUCGUUGUGGCACGCAAAAGAGUCUCGCAGGUGGAGGUCGCAACUUCCCCAGAAGAGAAUUCAAUUCCGCUGGAAACUCUGAACCUAAAGCACAACCCGGAAAGCCCACAUGAGGCACAUGAAAAGUCACACCUUCUGGGAAAUCUUCCGACUCAUCCUACACCUGCCCUAGUGCCGUUUUCACGUCAAAAUAGUCACAUUGCUUCCACGUACAACCAUCCAAGACAACUAGCCUCUGAGUUGGAGAAGCCUACCAUCCAAAGCUCAACUUACGGUAGUCAACCUGUAAGUAAUUGAUUCUAUAAUAUACUCUCAGUCACUUACACCUUUCGCAGCCAGGGAAAUUGGGAAACUCUGUUCUUGCACAUAUAAAGAACGCGCUCUCCUUUCAAUCAACAAGAGAUGAUCAGUCUGGGGAACAUUGGCAUUGGCACAAAGAUGCUUCCAAACGCGAAUCUCCACGCGCCAAAAAUCGCACUCUGAGCCGUCAAGCCAUCCAAUCAAAACCCUCUAAAGCAGAGCCAGAUUUUGCAACAGCUAUGGAUGGGAAGGAUUCAUCGUAUUACCAUUCCAGCCUCAAUGCUCCCCACUCUGAUUCAAUUCAGCAUGAGGGUUGGAAUUCUAGGCUACCGCACUUCGCUGCCGAAGGCUCAAGCAUGCCGGAAAGCAGUACCGUCGGGAACAUAUACACUCACUACAUGGCUUCCGAAGAAGCAUAUGAACCGAGUGAUGACGGAGAGAGUGCUUUCGUGUAUUUUGGCUCCAGAGACGAUAUAAAUCGACGCGCCUCAAGUCACGGCUUCCCUUCGAGUCCAAAGAACCAGCAUUCAAAGUUUCAUCUCCUUUCACCUAAUGCCAAUCUGAAAGGGCCAGGAGACAACUCAACCCUGCAGAGAAGUCCGCCAAAUUUCUCGCUUCCUACUCCGGCCAAUCAGAAAAUUUGCGCACAAUACACUGUUCCUGUUCCCUCCCAGAAAAUUGACUCGGGACUUUUCCAAGGAGAAGCGCGAGUUCCCGUGAUCAAACAAGGCUCAAGGGCUCUAAACUAUAAAAUUGGUUCAAAGGGUCAAGCUGGUCAUCAUCCUGGCCUCAACUUGGGUACAAAGCCAAGCAAGGGUAAAGAGAAGACUAGCGCAUAUGGUGGAAACGGCCCUGAAAUUCUUGUUUCUACUGCAAAUGCACAUGGCAAUCGACUUCCUGAAGGGGUCGAUUUAGAGAAGAGAUUGCCUUUGGAAAAGGAAGUAAGUAGAGCACUUCGCAGAGCAAGUGGCUACAGUGUAUACAGCAUCGGAAGCAACUCGACUAACCCACGCGAGCGAUAUGAGGAUGUAUCAAGCGAGACUCCAACUUAUCGGGCAAUCAAGUCACUAUUGCGAAGAAACGCGGAGGUUGUACCGCCUUCUGACGCUGAGAGCCAGAAUAGAAAUCGACCACAAGACAAGCCUCAAGGUCAGCCUUUUUUCGACCGGCAAGUGAUUCCUUCAAAUUGGGUCUCGACUCGACAACGAACUACAGUUCGUGUUCCCAUCAAUCAAGUUUCUCUUCCCGACUCGCCGCCCGACUCUCCACCUGAAGAUUUCAAUACACCAUUUGGACACCGUCAGGAUUUCCCAGAAGAUGAUGUCAAUGAUUGGGAGACAGUUGGGGAAAGUGCUGUAUCGAGACCUCUUGCGUCUGAUUUUCUUGGUGGCACAGUUGGAAGAGCAGGGAGUAGCAUUGCAAAUCAUUCAGACGACGAUAUCUUGUCCUUGGGAUCUUUCAGCUCGACAGAUAGAAUCACGCAACACCCUGGCAAUAUACAUUACUCGGGAGACUAUCGCCAAAGAGACCUCAAAAAGUCACAAAUUCCUGUUUUUCUGCCAGUCUUCACGGAGCACAAAGUAAAUGGGUAUCUCUCUGAUUCGACGAGGAUCCGCCCCCCUCCGAAUGCAUUUUACCAAAGUCCACCACCAUUGGCGAAACAACACGAGAAUCCCUUUCAGAGCCCUCCUCCAACAGUCAUGCCAAGUGCAAAGCUACGUCAACAAGCAAAUGUGACCCUUUUCCCCCCACCUGCGCAUUCUCACGCACACAGAGAGCCAGAUGUUUCCGGUAUGAGAUUGCAUCGACCCAAGAAGAAUAUGACAAUCGCUCAGCAAUCAUCGCAAGAUCCGGGAUGGAUGGAUGACUUUGGUGACCCAGGUCCUAUGAUUACUACUCAAAGAGAACAUGUUUUGAGAGCUACGGCCCCAGAGUAUGCAGCGGCAUGGCAAGACGUGAUCCCCUACGACAACAAUCAUAUUGACGCCGAGAAGAGCCAGACUGACGGUUUUGUUGAAAUGCAAACGUAUGGUGGCAAGUCGGACUCCAAAAAGCAACGAAACCGCAAGCCUUUUGUAAACGGGGGUCCUGGAGCUUUCUAUCGCGGACUACGCGCAGUUUCAUCUUCUCACCAGCAAACGCGAUCCGCUAAGCGUAAAUCCCGCCGACAGACCGUAAAAGAUAUCCCUACGAAUGCCCUCCGACGACUGUCUCUUCUCUCUGGGCGUAGACCUGUGACUCCUACAAAUAAGAUCACUGGCGAUGCGACAGAAAGGCCAGCGAAUGAUUUCGUUUACCGAUCCCCUCUUGCACCUCCAAGAUGCAACAGCUGGAAGGCAUUAUACACCGAAUCUCAGAUGGAAAGAAUGCGCGAUGCUGCAAAGUCCGAUGGUUUCUUUGGUCCUCAUUUGUCCUUCCCUGGGGGCUUUAGGCAGUCUAUGAAAAUUGCUGGAUCUCAGAAGCGGCUUUUUGAGGCGCCACGAUUAGCGGUCUUCUCCAGACAUUCAUCUAACCAGACAGGACUUAUCCGACAGAAGAGAAAACUCUCUACUGUUGUUCUUUGUUUAAGUAGCCUUUUCCCGCCUAUGCUCUUACUCUACGCGAUGGGUAAACUCGACGGAAUCGUCUGUUGGUGGACCAGGGGGCAAUGCUCGACAUUUGCAAGAGGCCAUAAGAGAGUGGCAAAUAUACUGAUGUACAUCUGGGGUCUAGUUGUGGUGCUCGGCCUCGUUGCUUUUCUGGUCUACUGGUUUGUGUUUUCACACCCACGUGGCUCUGCUUGAAUUAGCAGCCUCGUGCUACUGAUGACCCAAGAUGUCUAAUGUGUGGGUAUGUGCUGCUUGUCAUGCACAAAUAACCCAAGAGGAUGCUUUUUUUAUCUUUGAGGAUGUCCUAGACGUUGUCAUCUGCUCAGAACUUUGGUUGGACAUGGAUGGAAAGUUGAAUGGGGGGGGGGAGGAAUGUAUGAUUUGCUCUGUGCUCAUGGAAAAGGAGCCAGCUGAAUGGUUGAAACUUUGGUAGUUUCCCCGGAUUUUUUACGUGUAGAGUAUGGGUAAAGUGAAUCUAAAUCAUCAAACGAAUGAUAGAUAGUCUAAGGUAAAGACUUCGAAA